AUGUCGUCCACAAAUGAGACUAAAACCCUCACGCUCCACGCCCACGCUACAGGGCCAAAUCCAUUCAAGAUCGGAAUCGCGCUCGAAAGUCUUCAGCUCCCCUACACAAUAAAGAUGUGGGACUUCAGCGACGAUGCCGCUCAUGGUGUCAAAGGCAGCACAUUUCUCAAGAUCAAUGAGAACGGCCGCGUUCCAGCGCUGGAAGAUCCCAACACCGGUGUAGUCUCCUGGGAGAGCGGGGCAAUCAUCAACUACCUGCGACGCACCUACGACAAGGCUGGCAGAUUUGGACCGAGAGGCCCCAGCGAGCAGGACGUCGUGGACUUCGAGAAGUGGGAGUACUUUCUCCUGACCACGCUGGGCCCAAUGACAGGCCAGACAAACUGGUACAGACACUACAACGCGCAGGCUAAUGAGGAUGCGUUGCAUCGGUACGAGGCACAGACAUCGCGAUGCUACACGGUGCUGGAGGGCCAAUUGGACAAGAGUGGUGGGGAGAGCAUACUAAAGGGCGGUGUAUGUGCCGUGGACUGGCAUUUUGAGCCGUGGCUGCGACAACACGAGUUUGCUGGCUUGAGUUUGGAAGAGUACCCGCGAGUGAAGAAGUGGUUGGAAGGGAUGAAGGGAAGGAAGGAGGUGCAGGAAGCGUAUAGGAAAAUCAAAGAGGCGGCAGACGGAUCUUAG